AUGAUGCCACAGAGGAGGAUUGCUGAUUUGGAGUGUUUUAUCUUGACAAUUAAAAAUAAGUUUCUUUUUUUUUUCUCAUUAUUUAUUACAGAUCGAGCUGGGAGCAUCAGUACUCUUGAUUCUUUAGACUUUGCAAGAUAUUCAGAUGACGGUAACAGGGAGACAGAUGAGAGAGUGGCAGUCCUGGAGUUUGAACUACGGAAAGCCAAGGAGACCAUUCAGGCCCUCCGAGCCAACCUGACAAAGGCUGCAGAACACGAAGUUCCUUUACAGGAACGAAAAAAUUACAAAUCAAGUCCUGAAAUUCAGGAACCAAUCAAACCUCUUGAAAAGAGAGCUCUAAACUUCUUAGUCAAUGAAUUUUUAUUGAAGAAUAACUACAAGCUUACAUCAAUAACCUUUUCAGAUGAAAAUGAUGAUCAGGAUUUUGAACUUUGGGAUGAUGUAGGAUUAAACAUUCCAAAACCUCCAGAUUUACUGCAACUCUACCGAGAUUUUGGAAAUCAUCAAGUGACUGGGAAAGAUCUUGUAGAUGUAGCCAGUGGUGUAGAAGAAGAUGAAUUAGAGGCUCUUACACCAGUUUUAGGCAGCCUGCCUCCAAGCCUUGAAGCUCCUCAGACUGUAGAGAACUCCUUGCUAGUACAGAAAUUAGAAGAUAAAAUUAGUUUAUUAAAUAGUGAGAAAUGGUCUUUGAUGGAGCAAAUCAGAAGACUUGAAAGUGAAAUGGACUUCCUCAAAAGUGAACACUUCACCAUCCCAGUAGUUUGUGACUCUGUUCAACCUUCUUUGGAUCAUAAAGACUCUGAAGACAGUGGACAGAAUCCAGUUAUAAAUAGCUCAGACAAGCAAAAAGACAAAGAUACCCAUCUUUCAAAAUCAGAUGAAGUUGAUUCCACUGUUCCUAAGGAGAAUUUCCCAAAUUCUGUCCCUAGGAGAGAAAAAGAAGAAAUGCCAUCUUCUUCUCCAUCAACUAAAAACACAGUCCAUUUUGAUAAACCCAAUAGGAAAUUGUCUCCUGCUUUCCACCAAGCUCUACUCUCUUUUUGUCGAAUGUCGGCAGAUAGUCGUUUAGGAUCAGAGGUAAAUUAUACCAUAUAUUCUUGGAACUUUCUUAAAAUUUUUGGUUUUUCUUUUCAAUAUCUCAUCCAAAAACAGAUUUGUUUCGUGGUUGAUUCCACUCGACCUCUUGUGGGCUUCAGUUUCACAAUGUCAUUGCUAUUAGGAUUGGUUGGUAAUGGCUGCUGUGUUGAGAAGUGCUUUGGUUUAUUUCAUUUUAAAUGUCCAUUUAAGAAUACUCUGGGGGGAAAAAUGAAUAUUCUGCAACGCAUUUUUACUUUGAAUUUUUCCACCUUUGUAUUUCUUCAGGAGUUGAUCCCCCUCAUAUUGUGUACAGCAUGCCUUCAUCCUGAGCCUAAAGAAAGAGAUCAGCUUCUCCAUAUACUUUUCAAUUUGAUCAAGAGGCCAGAUGAUGAGCAAAGGCAGAUGAUACUGACGGGUUGUGUGGCAUUUGCACGUCAUGUUGGACCAACACGUGUAGAGGCUGAACUUUUACCACAAUGUUGGGAACAGGUACAUAACUAUAUUGGGUUUCCCCUAAAACAUGUUUUUGUUUAUUUUCAGAAAGAAAUCCGUAGCUCCUUGGUUCUCUCAAUGUUGCAACAAAUGUUAAUGGAAGAUAAGGCAGAUUUAGUAAGAGAAGCUGUGAUCAAAAGCCUCGGUAUCAUUAUGGGAUACAUUGAUGAUCCAGACAAAUACCAACAGGGUUUUGAAUUGUUGCUGUCAGCCUUGGGUGAUCCCUCAGAAAGAGUAGUUAGUGCAACACAUCAAGUAUUUUUACCGGCCUAUGCUGCCUGGACUACAGAACUUGGAAAUUUACAGUCUCAUCUUAUACCUACAUUGCUGAGCAAGAUAGAAAAACUUCUCAGGGAAGGAGAGCACGGGCUGGAUGAACAUAAGCUCCACAUGUAUCUUUCUGCUUUGCAGUCCUUGAUCCCAUCUCUCUUUGCAUUAGUGCUGCAGAAUGCACCUUUCUCCAGCAAAGCCAAGCUUCAUGGUGAAGUGCCACAGAUAGAAGUGACUAGGUUCCCUCGGCCUAUGUCGCCUCUUCAAGAUAUGUCUACUAUAAUUGGAAGUCGUGAGCAAUUGGCAGUGCUACUACAACUUUAUGAUUACCAGCUGGAACACGAGGGUACAACAGGCUGGGAGACUUUACUAUGGGUUGUCAAUCAAUUGUUGCCACAACUUAUAGAAAUAGUUGGCAAAAUUAAUGUUACUUCAACUGCCUGUGUCCAUGAGUUCUCCAGAUUUUUCUGGCGCCUUUGCCGGACAUUUGGCAAAAUUUUUACAAACACUAAGGUAAAACCUCAGUUCCAGGAGAUUUUAAGACUGUCUGAAGAAAACAUUGAUUCCUCAGCAGGAAAUGGGGUCCUCACUAAAGCUACCGUCCCCAUUUAUGCAACAGGAGUCCUUACGUGUUAUAUUCAGGAAGAAGACCGAAAACUGUUAGUUGGAUUCUUAGAAGAUGUAAUGACCUUGCUUUCAUUAUCUCAUGCUCCUCUCGAUAGCCUGAAGGCUUCUUUUGUGGAACUGGGAAUACCCCCUACGCUGACCAAUCAGCUGUUGGUGAAGGGGGUGAAUGAAACUCUGGUAGCUCAGAGGGUUGUUCCUGCUCUCAUUACUCUCUCCAGUGACCCUGAAAUCUCUGUCAGAAUUGCCACAAUUCCGGCCUUUGGCACUAUUAUGGAAACGGUUAUUCAGAGAGAGUUGCUGGAAAGGGUGAAAAUGCAGUUGGCUUCUUUUCUGGAAGAUCCUCAGUACCAAGACCAGUAUUCUUUGCAUACAGAGAUCAUAAAAACAUUUGGUAGAGUUGGGCCUAAUGCAGAACCAAGGUUCCGAGAUGAGUUUGUUAUACCACACUUGCAUAAGUUAGCCUUGGUGAACAAUUUACAAAUCGUGGAUUCUAAAAGACUGGAUAUUGCUACCCAUCUUUUUGAAGCCUACAGUGCACUUUCCUGUUGUUAUUAUAAAGUGGCAGAGACACCAUAUUUUGGUAAUUUUGUACUUCAGCUAUCCGUCAUUUUAAGUUCCAUGAUAAAAGAAUGUGAACAAAAAGUAGAGAACAAGACCGUCCAAGAGCCUCAAGGCUCAAUGUCAAUUGCUGCAAGCUUAGUGAGUGAAGAUACAAAGACCAAGUUUUUGAACAAAAUGGGCCAGUUGACAACAUCAGGUGCCAUGUUGGCCAAUGUGUUUCAGAGAAAGAAGUAAAAGCAGGAAGGAAGCCCCCAGUAAACACUAAGAUGGACUCAAGCAGACUGGUUCCUUGUACUUGAAGUACUUGCCUUUUUUAUUUCCUUGUUUUAUGUUCUUGCAUUAUAAUUUUAUCCUAACCUCCAAAGAUAUUUGCACUGCUUUUGAUUAUUGCUGUAUAUCUGUUAAUUUUGGAGUUAUAACUGUGGUGAUAGAAAAUUGAGUUUAUAGUCUGUACCAAGUCCCUCUUCUAUGUUCUUGUCUUUCAGAAUAAUUUUUUUUAUAUAUAUAUAUAGUGAAGAGGUUUUUUUUUUUUAAUUUUUGAAUGGGAUAUUAGCAAAUAUCUGUAUUAUACACUAAGCUAUUACAAUGGUACUUAAAAUAAUGUAAAUUUGAAGUCAUUGUUAUAAAGUAAUAAAAGUGGAGAUUACUUAAGUAUUUAAAUUAUGAAAAGAAUAAUGCAGACUUUUUAUUGUUUCUUAACUGACUAGAAAGAGCCACCAGCAUUACUCUGUGCCUUUUGGACUUCAGUUUGUGUGUCUGUAGGAAUUAUGUGCAUUCCAUUCACACAGUAUUUUAUAAUGCUGUGAUGAAUUUGAGUUACAGAUCCUACAGUAAGUAGAUUAUAAUGAAACUUUCCAUAUUUCAGAGCUCUCAUGAAUAUUCUUUAAGUGCUAUUCAAACCUCCCCAGCACUUACAUGCAUAUAAUGGGCUUACCAGAGGAAAGACAGCACAUAACCAUGGGGAGUGGUAACCAAGGUGAAUUUUACAAACUGAUGCGUAGUAGUUUAAAUAUUCAAAAAUAAAUGUAAGUAAGAAGAGCUAAUAAUUGUGAAGUUCUUUCCCAGAUUUAAAUACACAGGAAAGUAUGGUUUGAAUUUGAAAUUUAACACUUAUUUAUGUAAAAUAUUUUAUUUAAGAUAUUUUCUAAUGAUUUUAAUUUCAGAGAUUAUCUUUUCAUUCUUGCGUUACAGAGAAGUACCGAAAAGUUAAGGACAUUUGGGGGCUGCUUUUUUCCCUCUAAACUAAAAAUGACAUUAGCUAAAUUAUUAUUGGUUAGUUAACACCUUGCCCUUAAAGUCAGUGACUAUUCUUGUGUUUGGUACGUAUUACAUAGAGUCUUAAGUCAGUGUACAGUUCCACUGGAAUUUGACAGUUGUCUAUAAAGUAAUGCAACUUGAAGUAGAAAAGAGUGGUACUGGACAUAGAAGGGGGUGAUUGGUUUGAGGGGUUAAUGUGAGGCCUUUUUGUAAAAUGAAUAUUUUGAUAAAGAGAAUUCUUGUUUGAGCACAGUUGAUGCACAUAGGUGAUUCUCAUGUUUGUUGUAUAAGCUGGAACAUAGUUGGAUUACAUUCACUUCCUGGGAAAGCUAGCUUACCACACAGUCAAGCUUAUAAAAUAAGUUGCCAUAAACAAAGCCAUUUAAAAAGUUCAUUCUGAAAUUAUUUCUUUUACCUAUAGUGACAUAAUUGUUACAAUUACAAUUAACUAGUCUUUCAGAAACUGUUGGAUUCUAGGCAUUCCUGAGAAAUUGAAAGUGGCUACCUUUCAUGUCAAAAAUGUUGAUCUAUUAUAAAUAAAAUGUUUUUGCAUA